GUUGUUUACAUAAAUUUACAUAAUCUAGCCUUACAACUUUUACGCGUCCAUCACGUCCAGGCUUAUUAGAUCUGAGGACGAUAGACCUGAGAAAUCGACUUAACUGAGACGUUCAAGCCACAUGCGUAACCUGUGGAGCUCCAUAUGCCAUAUGCUAUUGCAUCAUCAUCUCUCUCUCAAGAUCAAUAAAUUAGAAGUUAAGAGCAACGUGCCUCCAAUGAGGUCAAGGCUACCCCGUACUCUCCGGUCGAGAUACACAUGGCGAUUAAUAGUCGUCAUCUUCAUUGUUUCUUGCUACCUUUUCUCUCUGCCUCCAUUUCCUCGACCAUUACCUGGUUACAGCGGUCCGUAUCCCGUCGGCGCAGUUGAUGUCGAGACACCCUUAGCAUCACCGCGCAUCAUCGAUACGGCGCGAUUUAAGGAAGCGAAAGAAAACGCAUUUGAGUUAGAUACGGUAUUAUUUACAUUAUAUUACCCAGCAAUCCAGCAUGCCACUCAUCGUCAAGCGAAGCAUCACUGGAUUCCAAAACCGAUAUCUCUUACUGCCGAGGGUUACGCCAAGUUCGCCCAUAUCAACAAUGUCAUCAUGAACAAGGUCAUGACAGGAGUACUCAAAGCUCUUGUCGGACACAUUCAAAUUCCAGCUCAAGUUGACGUACCGUUGGCUGACCUUGUAUCUGCGGUGACAGCGAUACCGGAGACCCAGGACAACAUCGAGGAGAUCGAGAAAGUCGUGCAGAUUAAAAAAGGCGGGCACCCGGUCAUUGUGUUUUCUCACGGCAUGGCAAGUAGUCGCACUGAUUAUACGCACUAUGCUGGUGAACUUGCAUCACGGGGUUAUGUUGUUGCGCUACUCGAGCACAGGGACGGUUCAUGUCCCGGGUCCGUCGUCAUGGAGCAGGGAAAACCGGAUCGCGUGAAACUAACCUUCGACGUUCCGGAAGUAGAGACGCCGAGCGGAAAGGAGGUAACAGUGGAUGAAUUCAAACGAGCACAGCUUGACUUCCGGGAGGCGGAGAUCGAGGAAACUGUGCGAGUCUUAAAGUUAAUCAAUGAGGGACGAGGAAAGGAGGUGUUCAAAUCAAACAUGCGGGACGAAGGUGUCGACUUCGUAAAUUGGAAAGGCCGCCUGAACACGGACGAUAUGAUCGUCGCAGGCCAUAGCUACGGCGCUACCGGCGCGAUGCAAGCUCUACGAGGCGGCCCUAGCGCAAAACGCCCCUUUAAAGGCGCCAUCAUCCUAGAUCCAGGCAAGCAGAGCGGCCGGCUAAACGACGACAUCCGGGUACCAGUCCUCGUCAUCCACAGCAACUCGUGGAGCAGCAAGUACAGCCUAUUCUACGGGCGCGCGCACUUCGAUACGGUCCGGGACAUCGUCGAAAACAACGUUUUGCGGGGAAUGCCAUCGUGGUUCGCAACGUCGCUUGGGACAUCGCAUCCAUCGGUCACGGAUGCGCCGCUGCUGGAGCCGUUGCUGCUCAGUUGGACCACCGGGGCGCGGAUCGAUGUGUACCAGGGGCUGAGGGUGUAUGUGCAUGUAUCCGAGGAUUUUCUAUGGUUCUUGUCUACGGGGGAGAAGAGAGGUUUACUAAAGGAGAAGCCUGAGUUUCCGCAGUACGAUGAGGGGAGGGGGUUUGGCGUAUGGAAGCCGGCACAGGGCGAGAAUGAGAAGACGGGGGGACCUUGGUUUGACUGGAGGAGGUAUUGGCAGGUUCAUGUUUCGCCGAAUUAAGAUGUAUAUGGUAUAGGAGGUAGGUUAGGUAUGAGGUAUGUAAGAGAUAGAUGGGAGGGGGAUAGAUCAUGAUGCUUUGGAUACCUUGUUGCUAUAUCUAGAAUAUCGUAUAUUAUAAAUGUUAGAAUUUAUACGGUUC